AUGGGUCUUGUAACGCGUCCCUUUCUCUCUUUUUAUUUUCUGAAAGGCGGUGCAAUAGUGGAAUUUUUUUCAUGUAAUUUUUGCAUUUUCUAGGUUAAUUUUUGAAAUUAAAAAUUCAAAUUUGAUUUCAGGUAAUAUGGCGGCUCCAAAGUUGAGUUUCUUCGAAAAAAUCGCCAACACCUUGGGUGUAUUGUACCGCCAUCAAGCUGCUCAAUUCCCACGUCGUUUGACUGUUUUGAAGGUUGGUGAUUUUUUUUUUGGUUUGGGUGCAGGGUGGGUUUGAAAAAAAGGAAUAACGUGAAAGAAUUUCAGUUUUAACUGGAAUUCCAGUUAGAAUAUUGUUUAAAAUUUCGUUUAAAAAUAUGUUAAUCUGAAUGAAAACACUUGAACUUUCAAUGAGAAAAAUAUUUAUGAAGUAACAUUUCGACAUAUUUGGCUCUGAUGAAGAUGGCUUAGGAGAUUUAAAAAAAAGUUUUAUUUUUCCAGAAAUAGUAAUAGUUUAGAUUUUUGAGCCUAGUGUUAAUUAGAUUUCAUAAAACUUUCAAGAUUUGCUGGCAUAAAGUUUUCUGAAAUUCUUCUUUAAAAUCCUCUUUCCUUGCUCAAAGCCAAAUAUUUUAUUUAGAAAUUCGCUUAUCUUAAAUCCUGUGUUAAAAAUUAUACAAAUUUCUGUUUUUCUUAUGCCAAUGUGGUUGUUCAAAAUAAUUUUUGAAAGUUGGUUUUUUUUUCAUUUUCAUCAAAACCAACUUUCAACUUUGAAUUUGAAUUUAAAAAUCUAAUCACAAUGUUUUUUUUAAAUUAAAAUCCAACUAAUCACCAGUUUUCAGGCCGUCGGAAGACACGAGCUUGCUCCACCACGUCAAGCUGAUUGGCCAGCAAUCAAGGCCGAAUGGGGAAAAGUUCAAAGCUUCAUCCAAACUGGAGGAUACAAGAACUUGACUGUUAAGGUAACUUUGUUUUCACUCGCUCAGCUUAAAAUAAAUGGAGCAUAUUUUUUCAGGAAGGAUUAGUUUACACCGCCGUUACCCUCGAAAUCAUCUUCUGGUUCUUUGUUGGAGAAAUGAUCGGUCGUCGUUACAUCUUCGGAUACCUCGUAUGUUUUUUGUUUUUUUUUGUCGAUUUUUCUUCAUACCAUGAUUUUUUCUUCACAGGUCCCAGCUGAUUAUGUGUCACAAGAAACCAGAAGACAGGUUAAAGAAGAAGCCAGAUUGGCCGCCCUCGAAAAUUAA